AGCAAAGCAAAAGGAGACGACCUUAUUGAUCUAUAUAGUCUCGUUAAUUCACAAUGCCGCAGAGCAUCAUCGCCAUGUUCCCCGCUAUCGUCUCAUCCUCUUCCCUAUUCCCCCUCCUUGGGUUCGUCCUCCUCAUCCUCUGCCAUUCCUCCCUCACCGGCGCCCAAAAUUUGGACCAAAUCUGCGACACGUCCGGUAGCUUUGCCGAUAACAGCACGUAUCAGUCCAACCUCAAACUCUACCUCUCCACCCUCCCCUCUAAAGGUUCAGUUUCCGGCUUCCUGAAGGAGGCAGUGGGAGAAGUCCCUGACAAAGUGUACGGCGUCUCCCUCUGCCGGGGAGAUGCCAACGCCAGCGAGUGCCGUGCCUGCCUCGACAAAGCCAGACUAGACAUCCCACAGAUCUGCCCCUACAACAAGGGCGCCAUGAUUUACUACGACUCCUGCCUCCUCCGCUUCUCCAGCCAGAACUUCCUGAACUCCACCGACAACCAGCAGGUGUCCAAGUACAACUCCAGCAGCGUCACCCAAGUUGCUCGUCUCAGCCAGCUUUUGCCUCUGCUGCUGAGCAGCGCCACCGAUUGGGCGGCGAAUUCCACGAAGAGGUUCGCCACAGGGGAGAUGAGCAACUUCACGUCGGAGUUCCCCACCAUAUAUGUGAUGGUGGAGUGCACUCCGGACCUGUCACCGAGCGACUGCAGCCAGUGCCUGCAGUCGCUGUUCGACCCACUGCCGACGGAUAUGGUGGGAAAGCAAGGAGCGAGGGUGCUCGGAGUGAGGUGCGUCAUUAGGUAUGAGUUGUACGCCUUCUACCGAAUUCCCUCCAUGGUGAAGCUUACGGCUCCGUUGGAGGAUGCGACACAACUCCCGUCCGACGGAAGCGAAGGAAAGAAGAAGAACGCAGCAACGACAGCUUUAGCAAUCGCGAUACCUGCAUUUACAGCUCUACUUAUACUCUCCAUUAUUUACAUUUGCUACUGGAGGACGAGGAAGCGGAUAGUACAAUCAGCUUAUGAAACUGGCCCGGAGCUGAUCACUGGUGUUGAGUCACUGCUGUUUGAUCUAUCUACGCUACGACUUGCAACAGCCAACUUCUCUGAAGAGAAUAGACUUGGAGAAGGGGGUUUCGGAGCAGUCUACAAGGGACGGCUACCCGAUGGACGAGAAAUAGCAGUCAAGAAACUGUUGUACGCUGGACGAGGACUCGGAGAGCUGCAAAAUGAGCUGCUGUUGGUUGCUAAGCUCCAGCAUCGGAAUCUCGUACGACUUCUGGGAGUUUGCUUCGAGGAAGAGAAGAUGAUUGUGUAUGAAUAUGUGCCCAAUAGAAGCCUGGACAAAUUUCUCUUUGAUCCUAAAAGAAGCGACCAACUACGUUGGGGAGCUCGAUACAGGAUCAUUCGUGGAAUUGCUCAAGGCCUGCGUUACCUGCACGAGGAAUCUCAGCUAAAAAUCAUACAUCGGGACUUAAAAGCCAGUAACAUCUUGUUGGAUGCGGCUAUGAACCCAAAGAUCUCAGAUUUUGGAAUAGCAAAGCUGUUUGAUGCGGACCAAACUCAAGAUACCACGAAGCGAGUCGUGGGAACUUUUGGAUACAUGGCACCAGAGUAUGUGAAGCAUGGCAAGUUCUCGGUCAGGUCGGACGUUUUCAGUUUCGGCAUUUUGGUUUUGGAGAUUUUGACUGGAAUCAAGAACAGCAAUUCCUAUAAUUCUGAAUAUCGCGAAAGCCUUCUGAGCUAUGCAUGGGAGAAAUGGCGAGGUGGAUCAGUCUUGGAGAUGGUCGAUCCAGCCUUGGAUGGUCACUACCAAGGAAGCGACCUGUUAAGAUGCAUGCAGAUUGGGCUGUUAUGUGUGCAGGAAAAUCCAAAUGAUAGACCGACGAUGUCAACAGUAAUUACGAUGCUAAACAGUGGAAUUGCCUUUCUCCAAGCACCUGGGCGACCUGCAUUUUAUGUGGAAAAGGAGGACGUGAAUGUAGAGUUCAGUGCCAACGAUGCCAGAACUGCAAUUGUUGUAUGUGACGGAGAAUGUAAACCACUUCCGGCGUCAUCAACCCAAGCUUCAGUCACAGAACAACACCGAGUCAAUAAAAAGAGACGUGUUGCCAAAUUUGAUGCAACAAGAAGCCCUACAGCAACGAGUACCACUAUGUUUCCCUCGAUCAGCUCCACCCAGUUUCUGCUCCUCUACCUCAUCCUCCUCUUCGUCCCCUCUCCGACCGUUGCCUUCACGUGGCAAGUUUGCAGCACAAGUGCCGGCAACUUUACUGCCAACAGCACGUAUGAGUCCAACCUCAACCUCCUCCUCUCCUCCCUCGUCUCCAACGGUUCCGCUCCUGGCUUCUUCACCGACACCGUCGGACGGAUACCCAACCAAGUUCAAGGCCUCGUCCUUUGUCGUGGUGAUACUAACGCCACCACCUGCAGCUCCUGCCUCAGCAACGGCGCGGUCGAGAUCCUCCAGCUCUGUGCCUACGACAAGGAUGCCGUGGUUUGGUAUGACGAGUGCCUCCUCCGCUUUUCCAACCUGCAGUUCCUCAGCACCUCAGACAACGACCCGACGGCUGCCUUGGAAAACGAGAUCGCCGUAAACGACGAAGCGGAUCGGUUCAACAAGGUGGUGAACGAGUUGCUCGACAGCACGGCGGAUUGGGCGGCGUAUAACUCGACGAAGAGGUACGCGACUGGGCAGGCGUUCAACGUGACGCUGGCGUUUCCAACUAUAUAUGCCCUGGCGCAAUGCACGCCGGACAUGUCGGCGAGCGACUGCAGGCAGUGUUUGGAAGGGGUGUCGCAGGGGCUCCCGAUGGCAAGAAUGGGAGCUAGGAAUCAGGGAGUGAGGUGCAAUUUAAGGUACGAGUCUAGCCUCUUCUUCCAAGGCAACCCCAUCAUACGGCUUAUUUCCCCUGCGACGAAUGCAACAACGCCUGUGGAUAAUGCCACAACUCCGGCCUCUGCUCCGGCAUCCCGGCCAUCUGUCGGUUCAACCAGCAAAGAAGGAAAAAAGAAAACAAUUCUUGCAAUUUCGAUAUCUGCAGUGAGUGCGGUGCUGCUAAUCUUCAUUAUUUACGCUUGCUUCAAGAGAUUGAGGAAGCAGACACUGAAGCCACCUUAUGCAACUGACUCGGAGCAGGCCUCACAAGUUGAAUCACUACUAUUUGAUCUAUCGACACUACGAGUUGCAACAGUCAACUUCUCGGAGGAAAAUAAACUUGGUGAAGGUGGUUUCGGAGCUGUUUACAAGGGAGUGCUACCAGAUGGACGAGUAAUAGCAGUGAAGCGGCUGUUGAACUCUGGGCAAGGACUUGGAGAGCUUAAAAAUGAGUUGGCUUUGGUUGCCAACCUCCAGCACCGGAAUCUCGUAAAGCUUCUGGGAGUUUGCUUGGAGGAAGAGAAGAUGAUCGUCUAUGAAUACGUGCCUAACACGAGCCUCGACAAAUUUCUUUUUGAUCCUGCAAGAGGCGAACAACUAACUUGGGGAAUUCGAUACAAGAUCAUUUGUGGGAUCGCUAGGGGCCUGCUUUAUCUGCACGAGGAAUCUCAGCUAAAAAUCAUACAUCGAGAUCUAAAGGCCUGCAAUAUCUUGUUGGAUGCAGAUAUGAACCCAAAGAUCUCAGAUUUCGGUUCAGCUAAGCUUUUCGAUGGCGAGCAAACUCAGGGCAUGACGAGUCGAGUUGUGGGGACCUUUGGAUACAUGGCACCAGAGUAUGUGAUCCAUGGCCAAUUUUCGAUCAAGUCAGAUGUGUUCAGCUUCGGUGUUCUGGUUUUGGAGAUUUUGACGGGAAGAAAAAACAGCACAGCUUGUAAUCCUGAAAAUACUGAAGACCUUCUAAGCUAUACAUGGGAGAAAUGGCGAGGAGGAUCAGCCUUGGAGAUGGUAGAUCCAGCCUUGGGCAAUCAAUUCCAUGGAAGCGACCUGUUAAGAUGUAUGCAGAUUGGGCUAUUGUGUGUGCAGGAAAACCCGUUUGCCAGGCCUAGUAUGUCGACAGUCGCUGUGAUGCUUAGUAGUGCAACAGUCACUCUGCAAGCUCCUUCACCACCUGCAUUUUGUUAGAUAGGAUAUUAUUACAAAACUAAAUCGAUUAUCAUGAUUCUCUAAAUAUUUUGAUAAUAUGUUAUUAUGAUUUUAAGUCAUAAAAAUUAUGAUAACAUAUUAUCAUGAUUCUAUCAAAUAAUGAGAUGAUCUUCUACAUCGUGAAAUGAUUUAGAUACAUAUUUUAUAUUUA